UUGAGAAGGGAGAUUGUUCACGAAAAGGUAUCGCCUACGGCAGUCGUUUUGCGGCUUCCCCGAACCCCACCGCCUCUUUAACAUCCCAGUCCGCUCAUGACUGGUCAAGAGCUGAGAUAGGCUACUUCUCUCCAACGCAAGCAACAGCAUCCGUGAAGGUCGUCUGCCAUAAGAAGUCGUGAGACAAGUACUGCAUAACUGCGCCGCGUCUGCACACUGCUGGGCGUGUUUCCAUAAAGCCAUUCCGACGGCGCUGGAUACGUAACUCCGGGCUUUUAGAGUCCUUUUUUGGAAGGAAGGAAACUGUAGGCGUAUGAAAAUAGGGUACCAUAGAACUUUUUCGUGACAAAUAGUAAAAAACAAUCAUUGCUGUAUCGGUCUGCCUAUGCCACACAACUUUGGCACCGUGCUUCACUGAGCUGCGACGCAUUGUUCGGUCGAUUAAAAAAACCGUAGUCGGUUUUCAUCUUUGUCAAUGCUGUUAGAAGUAGAAAGCAAAUCAAACAAAGGAAAACAAAGUUUCAACUGCGCGUAGGUUCUUCUUGAGUGAAACUUUAUGUAUAAAGGAAGGACAGAGAAGUGAAAAUCAUGGAGAAGAAACCCGUUACGAUGCCGAGUGGGGAUGCAGCGCCAUGCGGACGCAAAGUCUCGAAGCCUGCGGACUCGGCCCAGUCUAGGGCAGACGCACCAGAUUCCGGGGAUAUGCAGCCUUCCAAACCUCCAGGAAUAAACGCGGUGUCUAUCCUCUGGACAUUCGGGAAGUGUCUCGGUGCAUUACUGCCCGUGUAUCUAGCAGGGUACUACAGGAUUAGUACUAGUUUGUUUAUGUGCGGACUCAUGGUCUAUUCGGGAUGGAAACACACACGAGAUGCCAAGCUGGCACGCCUGAAGUCCGCUAUGCAGUUACAGGACAACGAGCAAGAAUUCACCUCUUCCAAAAUGCUCAAGAGUAAACGGGAUUUACCUGCAUGGGUCAAUUUCCCCGACGUGGAGAAGGUCGAAUGGCUGAACAAGGUGCUGCAGCAGGCCUGGCCGUUCGUGGGGCAGUACUUCGAGAAGCUGCUCGCCGAGUCCAUCGCCCCCUCCAUCCGGGCCUCCAGCGUCCAUCUGCAGACCCUCAACUUCACCAAAGUUGACCUUGGGAGCAAGGCCAUGAAGGUGGUGGGAGUGAAGGCUCACACAGAGAAUGACAGGGGCCAGGUGCUACUGGACCUGUACAUUAGCUACGUCGGGGACGUCGAGAUCAACGUGGAGGUGAAGAGGUACUUCUGCAACGCGGGCAUAAAGGGGAUGCAGCUUCACGGGAUGCUGCGGGUGAUCUUGGAGCCGCUGAUCGGAGACGUUCCCAUAGUGGGCGCCGUCACCAUGUUCUUCAUCCGCAGGCCUCAACUGGACAUCAACUGGACCGGACUGACUAACCUGCUGGACAUUCCCGGACUGAAUGUAAAGUCAGACACUCUGAUAAUGGACGCCAUCGCCUCCUUCCUGGUGCUGCCCAACCGACUCACCGUCCCCCUGGUGCCCGACCUGCACGUUGCGCAGCUGCGCUCCCCCCUCCCGAGGGGCGUGGUGCGCGUCCACCUCCUGGAGGCCGAGGGUCUGGCCGCGAAGGACAACCUCAUGAAGGGGGCGUUCUCCGGCAUGUCGGACCCCUACGCCGUGGUGCGGGUGGGGACCCAGACCUUCACCUCCCGCCACGUGGACAACGAACUCAACCCAAAAUGGAGGGAGAUGUACGAGGUGAUCGUCCACGAAGUGCCUGGGCAAGAACUGGAGGUGGAGGUGUUUGACAAAGAUCCCGACCAGGACGACUUCCUGGGGAGGACCAAAAUGGAUCUGGGCAUAGUGAAGAAAGAAAUAGUUGUGGAUGAGUGGUUUACUCUGAAGGACGUGCGAUCCGGCCGCGUCCAUCUGCGUCUCGAGUGGCUUACCCUCCUGCCCACCACUGACCAGCUGGACCAGGUUCUCGAAAGAAAUAAAAGCAUCAACUUCCCCAGCAAGACCGCAGACCCUCCCUCCUCAGCCAUCCUGGCUGUGUAUUUGGACCGGGCUGAAGAACUUCCUAUGAAGAAGGGGAAUAAAGACCCCAGUCCUGUGGUGCAGCUGUCUGUGGAGGACAUCACUCGAGAGAGCAGGACAUGCUAUGGGACCAAUAACCCAGUGUUUGAGGAUGCCUUCACCUUCUUCAUCCAAAACCCUCACAAUCAGGAGAUCGACAUCCAGGUGAAAGACACGGACCGGAUCCUGUCGCUGGGCAGUCUGACCAUCCCCCUGUCCCGCCUGCUCUCCUGCCCCCGUCUCUCCAUGGACCAGUGGUUCCAGCUGGACAACGCCGGGCCCGCCAGCCGCAUCUACAUCAACGCGGUGCUGCGGGUGCUGUGGAUGGAUGAGGCUCUCUCUGCUGAGCUUGCCCACGGGGUGCACAGCCGCCCCGACAGCCAGCCUGAGCAGACCUCCCCUGACUCCAGCUUUGCCACUGAGGGGGUGCUGCGUAUUCACCUGGUGGAGGCGCAGAAUCUGAUCGCCAAGGACAAGUUCCUGGGGAAGGGGAAGAGCGACCCGUACGUGAACAUACGCGUCGGGGGCGUGGCCUUCCGCAGUCACGCUAUCCAGAAGAGCCUGAACCCCACCUGGAACGAGCUGUACGAGGUGGUUCUGACCGAAGUGCCGGGUCAGGAGGUGGAGGUUGACGUGUUUGAUGAAGACAUGGAUCAGGAUGACUUUAUGGGGAGGUUUAAGAUCAGUCUGAAGGACAUCAUCACCUCCCAGUACACUGAUGAGUGGUUCACUCUGAAUGAUGUGAAGUCGGGACGUGUUCACCUGGUUCUGGAGUGGCUGCCCAAAGUAUCAGACCCUGACCGACUGGAACCGGUCCUGCAGUUCCAGUCCCAGCAGUCCUAUCUGAACAAGGCUGUACCCUCUGCUGCUGUGCUGUUUGUGUACAUGGACCGCGCCCACGGCCUGCCUCUGAAGAAAAGCGGGAAGGAGCCAAAAGUGGGGGCGGAGCUUAUACUCAGGGGAACCUCCCACAAGACCAAGGUGUGUGAUCGUUCCACUUCUCCUCAGUGGGAUGAGGCGUUCUACUUCCUGGUUCGCGACCCUGAACAGGACAUGCUCAUAGUGAAGCUCACUCACACUGGGGACCAGCCCACAGGCUCUCGGGUUCUGCCCGUCAGAGAGCUGCUGUCAGAGCCGGGCCUGGUUCUGGACCGCUGGCUGAGGCUGGAUGGGGCACUCUUUGAGAGUCAGAUUCUGCUGAGAGCUGAACUCAAGAUUCUGGACGCAAAGUUGGCGGAGCGCGGUGUGGUUCGGGAGGGGCUGGUGGGAGCUGCUGACAGCACCACCUCAGCUGAGGGGGAAAAGGAGGCCGACCACACCCUCCUAAUGAAAGAAGAGUCCUCAUUGUCCCGUCAGAAGGUCACCCCCAGGGGGGGCAGUGAGGUCCUCAGCCCCCCCAAAACACAGCCCCAACAGACCACUCCUGACCCCAGCUUUGCAAAAGAGGGGCUGCUGCGGAUUCUCCUGGUGGAGGCCCGGGAUCUGAUCGCCAAGGACAAGUUCCUGGGGAAGGGGAAGAGCGACCCCUACGCAAACAUACGCGUCGGGGGCGUGGCCUUCCGCAGUCACGUGAUCGAGAAGAACCUCAACCCCACCUGGAACGAGCUGUAUGAGGUGGUUCUGACUCCACAGCCAGGACAGGACGUCCAGGUUGAGCUGUUUGAUAAAGACAUGGAUAGGGAUGACUUCCUGGGGAGAUUUAAUGUCAGUCUGAAUGAUAUCAUCACUUCCCAGUAUACUGAUCAGUGGUUCACUCUGAAUGAUGUGAAGUCGGGACGUGUUCACCUGGUUCUGGAGUGGCUGCCCAAAGUAUCAGACCCUGACCGACUGGAACAGGUCCUGCAGUUCCAGUCCCAGCAGUCCUAUCUGAACAAGGCUGUGCCCUCUGCUGCUGUGCUGUUUGUGUACAUGGACCGUGCCCACGGCCUGCCUAUGAAGAAAAGCGGGAAGGAGCCAAAAGUGGGGGCGGAGCUUGUGCUUGGCGGAACCUCCCACAAGACCAAGGUGUGUGAUCGUUCCACUUCUCCUCAGUGGGAUGAGGCAUUCCACUUCCUGGUUCAUGACCCCAAACAUGAUGAACUGAUUGUGAAGCUCACUCACACUGAGGACCAGCCCACAGGCUCUCUGGUUCUGCCCGUCAGAGAGCUGCUGUCAGAACCAGGCCUGGUUCUGGACCGUUGGCUAAGCCUGGAUGGAGUCCCACCUGAGAGUCAGAUUCUGCUGAGAGCUGAACUCAAGAUCCUGGAUACAAAGAUGGCGGAGCGCGGUGUGGUUCGGGAGGAGCUGGUUGGAUUCGCUGACAGCACCACCUCUGCUGAGGGGGAAGAGGAGGCCGACCACACCCUCCUAAUGAAAGAGGCGGCCUCAUCAGCCUAUAGAGAGCAGGUCUCUGUCCCUGAGAAGGACAAGGAGGCAACAGCUGCUGAGGUCCCCAGCCCCCCCAAAACACGACCCCAACAGACCACUCCAGACCCCAGCUUUGCAACUGAGGGGCUGCUGCGGAUUCUCCUGGUGGAGGCCCGGGAUCUGAUCGCCAAGGACAAGUUCCUGGGGAAGGGGAAGAGCGACCCCUACGCAAACAUACGCGUCGGGGACGUGGCCUUCCGCAGUCACGUGAUCGAGAAGAACCUGAACCCCACCUGGAACGAGCUGUAUGAGGUGGUUCUGACUCCACAGCCAGGACAGGACGUCCAGGUUGAGCUGCUUGAUAAAGACAUGGAUAAGGAUGACUUCCUGGGGAAAUUUAAUGUCAGUCUGAAUGACAUCAUCACUUCCCAGUAUACUGAUCAGUGGUUCACUCUGAAUGAUGUGAAGUCGGGACGUGUUCACCUGGUUCUGGAGUGGCUGCCCAAAGUAUCAAACCCUGACCGACUGGAACAGGUCCUGCAGUUCCAGUCCCAGCAGUCCUAUCUGAACAAGGCUGUACCCUCUGCUGCUGUGCUGUUUGUGUACAUGGACCGCGCCCACGGCCUGCCUCUGAAGAAAAGCGGGAAGGAGCCAAAAGUGGAGGCGGAGCUUGUGCUCGGCGGAACCUCCCACAAGACCAAGGUGUGUGAUCGUUCCACUUCUCCUCAGUGGGAUGAGGCAUUCCACUUCCUGGUUCAUGACCCCAAACAUGACGAACUGAUUGUGAAGCUCACUCACACCGAGGACCAGCCCACAGGCUCUCUGGUUCUGCCCGUCAGAGAGCUGCUGUCAGAACCAGGCCUGGUUGUGGACCGCUGGCUGAGGCUGGAUGGAGUGCCACCUGAGAGUCAGAUUCUGCUGAGAGCUGAACUCAAGAUCCUGGACACAAAGAUGCCGGAGCGCGGCGUGCUUCAUGAGGAGCUGGUGGGAGCCGCUGAGGAGGAAGACGAGGCCCAGCACACCCUCCCAAGCAGACAGGAAGCCUCACCCUCCAAUCAGGAGCAGGAAAGGCUGAGGGCGGGGCCGACCAAGCGGGCCAAUGAACAGGGCCCUCCCAGUGCCCCGGCCGCUCCCCACCCCCCUGCCUCUGUCCCUGAGAAGGGCAAGGUGGGAACAGCUGCUGAGGUCCCCAGCCCCCCCAAAACACGACCCCAGCAGACCACUCCGGACCCCAGCUUUGCAACCGAGGGCGUGCUGCGGAUUCUCCUGGUGGAGGCCCGGGAUCUGAUCGCCAAGGACAAGUUCCUGGGGAAGGGGAAGAGCGACCCCUACGCAAACAUACGCGUCGGGGGCGUGGCCUUCCGCAGUCACGUGAUCGAGAAGAACCUCAACCCCACCUGGAACGAGCUGUAUGAGGUGGUUCUGACUCCACAGCCAGGACAGGACGUCCAGGUUGAGCUGUUUGAUAAAGACAUGGAUAAGGAUGACUUCCUGGGAAAGUUUAAGGUCAGUCUGAAGGACAUCAUCACCUCCCAGUACGUUGAUCAGUGGUUCACUCUGAAUGAUGUGAAGUCGGGACGUGUUCACCUGGUUCUGGAGUGGCUGCCUAAAGUAUCAAACCCUGACCGACUGGAACAGAUCCUGCAGUUCCAGUCCCAGCAGUCCUAUCUGAACAAGGCUGUACCCUCUGCUGCUGUGCUGUUUGUGUACAUGGACCGUGCCCACGGCCUGCCUUUGAAGAUGAGCGGGAAGGAACCAAAGGUGGAGGCGGAGCUUGUGGUUGGGAAAACGUCCCACAAGACCAAGGUGUGUGAUCGUUCCACUUCUCCUCAGUGGGAUGAGGCCUUCUACUUCCUGGUUCAUGACCCCAAAAAGGACGUGCUUCUAGUCAGGCUCACUCACACUGAGGACCAGCCCACAGGCUCUCUGGUUCUGCCCGUCAGAGAGCUGCUGUCAGAGCCAGGCCUGGUUCUGGACCGCUGGCUGAGCCUGGAUGGAGUCCCACCUGAGAGUCAGAUUCUGCUGAGAGCUGAACUCAAGAUCCUGGACACAAAGAUGCCGGAGCGUGGCGUGCUUCUUGAGGAGCUGGUGGGAGCCACUGAGGAGGAAGACGAGGCCCAGCACACCCUCCCAAGCAAAAAGGAGGCCUCACCCUCCAAUCAGGAACAGGAAUGGCUGAGGGUGGGGCCGACCAAGCGGGCUGAAGAUCAGGACCCUCCCAGUGCCCCAGCCACUCCACACACCCCUGCCUCUGUCCCUAAGAAGGAGGAGGAGAGAACAGCUGCUCAGGUCACCCCUGGGUGGGUCAGUGAGGUCCCCAGCACCCCCGAAACACGACCCAAACAGACCACUCCUGACCCCAGCUUUGCAACGAAGAUGGCGGAGCGCGGUGUGGUUCGGGAGGAGCUGGUGGGAGCUGCUGACAGCACCACCUCUGCUGAGGGGGAAGAGGAGGACGACCACACCCUCCCAAGUAAAGAGGAGGUCUCGUCAGCCAGUCAGGAGGAGGAAUGGUACAAGGCGAGACCAGCCCAGGGGACCGGUGAGCAAGAUCCUUCCAGAACCCUUGUCACCCCCCACCCCCCUGUCUCUGUCCCUGACGAGGAGGAUGAGGAGGAAACGGCUAUUGUCCCUGGGAGGGUCAGUGAGGUCCCCAGCCCCCCCGAAACCCGACCCAAACAGACCAGUCCUGUCCUCAGCUUUGCAAAGGAGGGGGUGCUGCGGAUCAUCUUGUUAGAGGCGCGGAAUCUGGUCGCCAAGGACAACCUUAUGGGGGGCAUGGUGAAGGGGAAGAGCGACCCUUACGUCAACAUACAUGUUGGGGGCAUGGGCUUCCGCAGUCGGGUGAUCGAGAAGGAGCUCAACCCCACCUGGAACGAGCUGUAUGAGGUGGUUCUGACCCCACUGCCAGGUCAGGAGGUGAAGUUUGAGCUGUAUGAUAAAGAUCUGGACAGUGAUGACUUCCUUGGGAGGUUUAACGUCAGUCUAAGUGACAUCAUCAGGUCCCAGUACACUGAUCAGUGGUUCACUCUGAAUGAUGUGAAGUCAGGACGCGUUCACCUGGUUCUGGAGUGGCUGCCCAAAGUAUCAGACCCUGACCGACUGGAACAGGUCCUGCAGUUCCAGUCCCAGCAGUCCUAUCUGAACAAGGCUGUGCCCUCUGCUGCUGUGCUGUUUGUGUACAUGGACCGCGCCCACGGCCUGCCUCUGAAGAAGAGUGGGAAGGAGCCAAAGGUGGGGGCGGAGCUUGUGCUGCGGGAUACCUCCCACAAGACCAAGGUGUGCGAUCGUUCCACUUCGCCUCAGUGGAAGGAGGCCUUUCACUUCCUGGUUCAUGACCCCAAACAUGACAUGCUCAUUGUGAAGCUCACUCACACUGGGGACCAGCCCACAGGCUCUCUGGUUCUGCCCGUCAGAGAGCUGCUGUCAGAACCAGGCCUGGUUCUGGACCGCUGGCUGAGGCUGGAUGGAGUCCCACCUGGGAGUCAAAUUCUGCUGAGAGCUGAACUCAAGGUCCUUGACACUAAGAUGGCGCAGAGUGGUGGUGUUCAGGGAGGCCCGGCGAGUUCUGCAGCAGCCAAUCAGGGGCUACGGCUCAGGCCUGAUGGACAGGAGGAAAGGGGGCAGGUAAAACUCUCUCUCUCCUACCUCACCAAGGAGAAGAAGCUGGCCGUCACAGUUCACGCCUGCAGGCAUCUGGCAGCCGGAGGCAAGGAAGUCUCAGACCCCUACGUCUCCUUCAUCCUGUUGCCAGACAAACACAAGGCCACUAAAAGAAAGACCAGUGUCAAAAAGAGAGAGGUCAGCCCAGAGUACAACGAAAGAUUUGAGUUUCCUCUCUCUCUGGAGGAGGCGAGACGCAGGCAGCUGGAUUUGUCUGUGAAGAACACGGUGUCCUUCAUGAACCGGGACAGAGAGGUCAUCGGCAAGGUACAGCUAGAUCUGUCACGGGUUGACCUUGCCACGGGGGUCACACAGUGGUACGAGCUGAAAGAAGAGGCCGGUUAAUUUAAGUAGCCGCGGUUGCCACGGUCACUGCUUUUCACACCGCUGCCUCUCCGCCCUCCCGCCACGCCCCAGCUCUCUGUGUCUGGCCCUGUGUGAAAAUGUUAAAAAGGUUUUUUCUAUUAGUGUACUGCUUUGGGUGGGACCACACAUUUGGAGUAGAUGACUGAAUUAAUCUAACUGGAUUAUUAUUAUUAUUAUUAUUAUUAUUAUUAUUAUUAUUAUUAUUAUUAUUAUUAUUAUUACUAUUAUUAUGUGGGGGGGGGGGUCAUUUCAAUUGGCUUACUUGAUAUUUUGUCCUUGAAUUUUAGUAACACAUUAAGGAGGUUGUACAUAUUUUCCAUCAUCACACAAUACUUUCAGUUGAUGUCAUUAGCCACCACGCAUGGAGAUGGAGGAAGCAGAGAAGCCCAGCCAAUGGAUAGAGCUCUGUACAAACAGACAAGAAAAACAAGCUUGCAGGCACUAAAAGAGAUAGUAGUAGUAAUAAUAAUAAUAAUAAUAAUAAUAAUAACUUUAUUUAUGAAGUGCAUUACAUACGUUAUGCUCAAAGCUCAACGAAUAUAAUGUAUACAAAUAAGAAAGGAGUGAUAAAAAAGUAAAACAGAUCAAAUGAAAAGAAAAGAAGCUGGGAGUGAACAGCUGGGACCAAAGGCCUGGACAGGAAGUUGUGCAGAGUAUUCUGGAGCUGGGAUCUGCAGCAGAAAGUAGCAGAAGAGCUGCGUUGAGAGAAGGAGCGGGAGGUGCUUUUUGUGAAAGGGAGGCGUUCAGGGUGUUAGACAGAUAGAGGAGGAAUAAAGAAAGGGGUCGGUGUUGGACACGUCAAGUUUUAAGUUGGUGGGAAUACACUCAGGAUACAUUCCAGAUCAUUCAACUGCCUUAACUCUUGUCUUUCAAUUCCCUACAGGCUCCAAUUGGUUUCCACAAUAAUGGCUGAGGUUUAGGCUUGUGUUAAGUCUUUUUUUGGAAGUGUUGUGACAAAAAUAAGAAAUAGAUGUAAAAUUACAUGUUAAGCGUAGACAUAUCAUAUUCGUUUUUUAAUAGCACUUAAAUGGGUAAACAAUCAAACAUGUCCAUCUUAUGUAAAUCUUUGGCAGUUCAGUCUAUGCUUUAGGUCAGAGAUGUGCUACAUUCUGAACAGAUAUUUAACUAUUAACAGCUUUUGUUCUGUCUCUAAAGUUGUUGUAGCUCAUAGUGUUUUAAUCUCAUGGCUUAUUAUGAGCAUUCAUGAAGGGGUGUGGUUGAAGAAAAAAACAUCUAGAGUUAGCAUAUCAAUGCAGACAGCACAGGAAACUCCUGUUGCUUACAGGAAUGUCUUAGAUAAGCAAGUACAGUGGUCAGAAGGAAUGUCAGAGUUGAACACCUAGGCAGUGUAUAGAAUGUCUAUGGCUGUAUCUCAGUUUGUAGCCCCAGUGUGUUAAAAAAAAAGGAAAAGACAAGCCUGCAAUGCAGUAUUAGUUACUUAAUUCAUUAAUCAAUAAAUCAGACAGUACAGUCAUGCAUGUCUUUAAUUCUUUUGAAUAUUGUUACUGAUGUUGUUGAAAGGUUAGUAUAUGGCCUUUUUCUAUGUGGUCCAGUACAUUUUUGUUACCCUGCAAUUUUUAUGUUUUGUGUUAUCAAAAUGGCCUUUUUAUAUGUUAGGUUUGCCUUAAUGCUGUUAUCUGCAUUUUAAAAACAGUGUUAUUGAAGACAAGACACUAGUACUGAGGAACUGUACUAUGUGCAUACUCAACAGUAUAUUGUUUGUAUUUUGUUGCAUUUGAAGGAGUUUGUUUCGCAUAUCAUAAUCAAAUUUUCAGAAAGCUACAUUGUCCUGGGUCCAGCCUGUCUUUUGAAAAUCACUUUUGGAUGUUAUGGGAAAGUCUAUACACUUAAAGUUCUUUCAUUUGCCACAAAUCCACUGUUUACAGACACAAAACCUUUAAAAAAAGAAUAAUUCUGCGACAGCAGCAUUUGCAUUUGGAUAGACAGGAGUGAGGGUGGUGUGAGAUGCAAGCAAAGACUCUAAAAACUUGAUUUUAAAAAAUUGGUUUCAGUGCUGAAAUGGUGUGUUAGAAGUGAUGAUGUGCUUUAAGUAGAAAUGUAACGUGGAAUUCCUAUCGUCUGGACCCUAUGCCUGUUUGUGCUACCAUGUAUUGUAGCAAAUGCAUAGAAACACCUGCACGGGGGUCUCUGUAGCAGCUGUUAAUUAAACUGUUAUUUGCACUGCAAAA